UUAGGUCAUUGAAAAAUCAAAAAAGUUUUUCCUGCACCAUGGUCAACGCUAUAGUUUGCAUAGGGAUCGUUUCAAAUGACGAUUACGAUAUGCUUCGGACGUUUAAGGCUCUCAAAGCAGACGUAUUGAUCAAUUCUGUCAUAUUGGAUACGUUGAAACCCCAAGAUUACGGUUUUCAAGACAUUAGCCUUUACGGGUUGAAUACAUUGAAUGUGUUUUUCCGAGAGAACCAGCAGAAUCCCGAAACUCAUCCGAUGGUAUUUGACAUGGUAACGAGGAUGUUGGAACUCUACUUUGCCGAGGACGUCGAUAAGAACAUCAACCAAAAUAUUCUAUUGGAUCUGUUGCAUUUCAUUAAAAACGCUAUAAUUCGCUACAACGACCAAGUCAAACUGUUUGUAAAAGCCAAAGGAAUAGAACACAUACUGAACGCUUUAACCAUUUCCAAAUAUCCCAUACAGCUCGUGAUUCUGACGACACUUGUAGAUUUGGCAGUAUUCAAACCAGCUAAAUGUCACAUCAAGAAAUGGAAAUCUGCCAAGACGGGAAAGGGCUAUCUGGAAUCGGUGUGUGAGAUUUGGAGACGCGAAAUAGUCCGGUUUAACUUUAAAGACGACGAGUUCAUGUUCCAGGAGCAGUGGGACGCGACCACGGCGAUAAACUUGGCCAGCCUGUGCAGUCCGACGGUGGAGUCCAUGUUCAUGUGCGCCCAGCCCAAGAUCUAUCUGCUCGUGCACCUGGUGGAGUUCGCCGAGUCGGAAAAAGAUUAUCGGAUGCAGGACCGGUACAGAGACGAACCCGACAACGACAUCGAGGAGAGCACGAUUCGGGCCUGCAGCCUGGUGUCCGAUCUCCAGGACAAGGCCACCUUGGCGCACAUUUACCACUAUUAUUCGCUGAAACUCGGGGAGAUCUGGAACGAGAACGAUAUCGUCGCGAAGACCGGUGACGUCGACGGCGUGGAGUUGACGCCCGCCAUAUCGCAGUCUGUCGAAGCCAUGGCGGCCCGCCACUCGUACUUGACCGCUUUGAUCACGAUGAUCAAAAGUCGUGUCGCUGAUUUACACGCGGGCGAGUCGGAAAUCGAACUAGAAAAAAAACUUUACGAAGAAAUAAGACAUUAUAAUAAUUUAAAAAGAAAAAUUUAAUAUUAGUAGUGCGACGCAAAACACACACAAGACAUGUAAUGAAAAUAAUAGUUCGGUGGCCU